CCAGCGGGCGGUUGCUUGUUGGUUGUUGUAGUAACGGGGGAAGCAGCCGUCGGCGGCGGCCGUGAGCCCGGCUGGGGAAGGAGGAGAGGGUGGUAGGCGCAGAGCGCGGUCCCCGCCCGCCGGCUCCGAGCCAUGGGAAGAUGAGACAGGAAUCAGUGCCACCUAAAUUGUUUGAUCCAGUGAAUCUGCAAGGAAAGGUCUCUGAGGCCCCCCGUCUGCUGACUGCAUGACAAACCCUAAAGGAAAUGCCAGUCGUGAUGGCCCGGGACCUGGAGGAGACAGCAUCAUCCUCAGAGGAUGAGGAGGUGGUAAGCCAAGAGGAUCAUCCGUGUAUCAUGUGGACCGGAGGCUGCAGGAGAAUUCCAGUUUUGGUAUUCCAUGCUGAGGCUAUUCUGACAAAGGACAACAAUAUUCGAGUCAUUGGCGAACGUUAUCAUUUGUCUUACAAGAUUGUGCGAACAGAUAGUCGCCUGGUACGCAGCAUUCUGACAGCCCAUGGAUUUCAUGAAGUUCACCCAAGCAGCACUGACUAUAACCUAAUGUGGACAGGAUCCCACCUGAAGCCCUUCUUACUUCGCACCCUUUCUGAAGCACAAAAGGUUAAUCACUUUCCCAGGUCAUAUGAACUAACCCGGAAGGACCGACUGUACAAAAACAUCAUUCGAAUGCAGCAUACGCAUGGAUUCAAGGCUUUUCACAUCCUCCCUCAGACCUUUCUUCUGCCAGCCGAGUAUGCGGAAUUCUGUAAUUCAUACUCAAAGGACCGGGGACCUUGGAUAGUAAAACCAGUGGCCUCUUCUAGGGGGCGGGGCGUCUACCUGAUCAACAAUCCGAACCAGAUUUCCCUGGAAGAGAACAUCCUGGUCUCCCGUUACAUUAACAACCCCCUGCUCAUAGAUGAUUUCAAGUUUGAUGUGCGCCUCUAUGUGCUUGUGACUUCCUACGAUCCCCUUGUCAUCUAUCUCUAUGAAGAAGGGCUGGCUAGGUUUGCAACCGUGCGAUAUGAUCAAGGAGCCAAGAACAUUCGGAACCAGUUCAUGCACCUGACAAACUACAGUGUGAAUAAGAAGAGUGGAGACUAUGUGAGUUGUGAUGAUCCAGAAGUGGAGGAUUAUGGGAACAAAUGGAGCAUGAGUGCCAUGCUUAGGUAUCUGAAACAAGAAGGUAGAGAUACAACUGCAUUGAUGGCCCAUGUGGAAGACCUGAUUAUUAAGACUAUAAUCUCUGCUGAACUAGCUAUUGCUACAGCCUGUAAAACCUUUGUUCCUCACCGCAGCAGUUGUUUUGAACUCUAUGGCUUUGAUGUGCUCAUAGAUUCUACUCUGAAGCCAUGGUUGUUGGAAGUAAAUCUCUCUCCUUCUUUGGCCUGUGACGCACCUCUGGACCUAAAGAUUAAAGCCAGUAUGAUUUCAGACAUGUUCACUGUUGUAGGAUUUGUGUGCCAGGACCCUGCCCAGCGGGCAUCAACCCGGCCAAUUUAUCCCACCUUUGAGUCUUCCAGGCGAAACCCUUUCCAGAAACCUCAGCGUCCAGUGUCUGCACAGUUUCAGUCCUCAAACGCCAAACAGCGUUCCCGUCCCCUCUCUGCCAGUGAUGCGGAAAUGAAAAACCUUGUGGGCUCAGCCCGAGAGAAGGUUCCGGGGAAGUUAGGUGGUUCUGUGCUCGGUCUGUCAAUGGAGGAGAUCAAAGUUUUACGGAGAGUGAAGGAAGAAAAUGAUCGGAGAGGUGGAUUUAUUCGCAUAUUCCCUACAUCAGAGACAUGGGAAAUAUAUGGGUCCUAUCUCGAACACAAGACUUCCAUGAACUAUAUGCUGGCAACACGUCUCUUCCCGGACAGGGGAAACCCAAGAAGAAGCUUAUUGACAGGAAGAACACGACUGGCUGCUGACGGAGCACCGGAAUUGAAGGUGGAGAGUAUGAACUCCAAGGCCAAACUGCACGCUGCCCUCUAUGAGAGGAAGCUCCUGUCUUUGGAGGUGCGGAAACGUCGACGACGGAAUGGCAGAUUGAGAGCAAUGAGGCCAAAAUACCCAGGUACCUGCUGCAACAUUAGUGAUUCUUCGCAUUUAGUGAUCACUCAACCAGCUGAAAUGAAUGUUAAAACCGAGACAGAGAGUGAAGAGGAGGAAGAAGUUGCAUUAGACGACGAAGAUGAAGAACAGGAGGCUUCCCAGGAGGAGUCUGCAGGGUCCCUUGGAGAAAGUCAAGCCAAAUACACCCCCUCACUGACUGUUAUGGUAGAAAAUUCACCCAAAGAAAAUGCCGCGAAAGUUUCUGAAUGGAACAAUAAAGGUGAACAGUGCUGCAAAAUUGAGACUCAGGAGCCAGAGCCUAAAUUUAAUCUGAUGCAGAUUCUGCAAGAUAACGGCAAUCUUAGCAAAGUGCAGGCCCGAAGAGCGUUCUCUGCCUAUCUCCAGCAUGUUCAGAUUCGCCUGAUGAAAGACAGUGGAGGUCAGACGUUCAGUGCCAGUUGGGCUGCCAAAGAGGAUGAACAGAUGGAGCUAGUGGUUCGCUUCCUUAAACGAGCAUCAAGUAACCUCCAGCACUCGAUGAGGAUGGUAUUACCCAGUCGACGAUUGGCACUUCUGGAACGCAGAAGAAUCUUGGCCCACCAACUGGGCGACUUUAUUCUUGUGUACAACAAGGAAACAGAACAGAUGGCUGAAAAGAAAUCAAAGAAGAAACUUGAGGAAGAGGAGGAAGAUGGGGUGAAUACAGAAAACUUUCAGGAGUUCAUCAGACAAGCAAGUGAGGCUGAACUGGAGGAGGUGUUGACUUUUUAUACCCAAAAAAACAAGUCUGCAAGUGUCUUCCUGGGGACUCACUCAAAAAGUUCUAAAAACAGCAACAGUUAUUCUGAUAGCAGGGCAAAGGGUGAUCACCAUGAGACAAUGGAAGAAGUGAAAAUAAAGCAACCCAAACAGCAGCAGGCAACAGAAAUUCACUCUGAUAAAUUAUCUCGAUUUACCACUUCAGCAGAACAAGAGGCUAAAUUAGUCUAUACCAAUUCUUCCUCUGCUUCUUUCUCUGGUCCUGCUGCUACUCUUCUGCAGAAAAUUCCCAAUACCCACUUGUCAUCUAUCGUUACAACCUCUGACCUCUCACCGGGGCCUGGCCAUCAUUCUUCUUUAUGUCAGAUUCCUCCAGCUAUCCCCAGCAUGUCUCACCAGCCAACAAUUGUACUGAGCACAGUCCCUGACAAUGCUUCUCCCUUCGUGCAUCCUGGGACACAGAACGUACCAAGCCCGGCUGGCCUGCCCCGCUGUCGAUCAGGCAGUUACACCAUUGGCCCCUUUUCCUCUUUCCAAAGUGCUGCACACAUCUAUAGCCAGAAACUGUCUCGUCCCUCUUCAGCAAAGGCAGCAGGGUCAUGCCAUCCAAACAAGCUGCAUUUGGGAGUGGCUAAAACACAAAAAGAGGGAGAAGAUGAUUCUCCAUCCAGCAAACGGUACAACCCAAGUAUGGUUACGGCUGAGCUCCAGCGGCUGGCUGAGAAGCAGGCGGCCAGGCAGUAUUCCCCAUCCACCCACAUCAGUCUCCUCACCCAGCAGGUAACAAACCUGAAUUUGGCAAGUGGCGCCAUAAGCAGAAGCAGCGCUUCAACGCCCCCCACCCUUCGGCCCGUGAUCAGUCCUAAUGGCCCGACAUGGUCCAUACAGUCAGACCUUCAGGCUCCUGAGAGCCACCCCACCCCUCCUGGAAGCAGUCUUGUGACAUCACAUGAUUCUCAGAAAAUCUUGACGCUGAAAGCCUAUCUUCAUGGAGAGUGUAAUUGCCUGGUGAGGAGAUCUGCUUUGCUAAAAACCAGUGCGUUUGAUAGAUCACCUCCAAGUUCCUUAGAACCAACAUCCAUUCUUUGGAACAGCUAUUAAAGCAAAGGGGAAAGUCUAGCCCUUCAAUGUAUAUUGGCUGGAGGUUGGGGGGGGGGGGUGUUCUGCAGGAGGACAGUUAUGGGGAAACAUUUAGCCCUUAUAUGCCACAGUGCAACAAAGAAAGUGAGAUGAAGUUCUAAGUAAAUUGGCUGAUAAGAGAGGGUGAUGUUGAGAAAAAUUUGCCAUAUUGUUGCCUAUUAGCUACAUGCGUAGUAAAGGGAAAUACAGCAUAGUUGACUCUGAAUCUUUGAAUUUGAGUCCAAUGUUAGACAUUCUGAGCUUUUCCACAGCUAACUUUCUUGGCUGUACAGAUAACAUGAAACUCUUAGAAGUUAUUUUCAGGGACUCUUUGCACUAUUAUAUUUUAGUAUUGAGCAAAGAAUAAUAUAAAAACUAGAGAGAACAAUUAAAUCUCAAAAUUUUGAUGGGAGUAGAAAAUGUAUUACUAGUAGACUACAAUGAAUUGAGGUUCAGGAAAAUGGGAUGGAAUUUUGGAUGGAAACAGAAACUAUUAGAUGCCACAUGAAGGAAUAUGCAGAUAACGGAAUCUCAGGGAAGGCCCAGAAGAGAGUGCGCCUGGCCUCCUCCGAGUCAGCCAUUGUACAACCUGCGUCCUACAAACCCCACACACUUGUGCUUUAGUUGGAAGAUACAGCGGCCUGAGUACCACCCACUGGCGUUCCAAGCAAGCGAGCUUCACCCGGCAUCACCACGUCGCCCUCCACGGCUCAGCGCUCCGGUCCCUACCCAGUGGUGCACUGUAAAAAUUCCUGCCUCUUGGCUAAAAGUUUCUCCUUGCUUGAGAAAGUUUCUUUUGUGAUUUGGAGAGUGGAUUUAUGGUACCGAGGAGAUUAAAAGCAGCUUCUGCUGUGAAAGUUUAUGACGUUGCAGUCUGUUCACAGUUUGCAGUUGGAUGAGCAAACCUCCUCUCAUCCUCAGUCUUACUCUUACGUGAUCUCCUCUUGCCCGCUGUCCUACCCCUAACACUCACAGUCCCUGGUGGUCUCCAUGGAAGAGGGCCCUGUUACAGACUCUGAUUUCU